AAACCAAAGAAAAAAAGAAGAGAAAUGGGUUCCUCGAGCAACUCAUCUGGUUUCAACUUCUCCCAUCUUCAGAACAAACAAAACGUCCCGGCGGAAUUUAUAUGGCCGGAAAAUGAUGUCAUCCCUUCCCAAGGUGACCUCAUCGUCCCGAUCAUCGACCUCCAAGGUUUCUUCAGUGGCGACUCGGCCACGAGGGAGCGGAUGGCGGCCGAGGUGAGGGUGGCGUGCGAGGAGGUCGGUGUGUUCCAGGUCGUAAACCACGGCCUCGAGUCGGGUUUGCCGGAAGCGGCGCUCGAGAUUACGAAUCGGUUCUUCGGUCUUCCCAUGGACGUGAAAACAAAGGCGGCGAGGGUUCCGGGGGAUUUUCAAGGCUAUACGGCGGCUCACGCCGAGAGAUUCUCCAACCUUCUGUGGAGUGAAACGUUGUCGUUUCGUUUCACCGACGUCGGUCCAACUCCGGUCGUUGAAGAUUUUAUGAGAUCAAAGCUUGGCCAAGAUUUCGAGGAGAUCGGGAAAUUGUACCAAAGGUAUUGCGAAUCGAUGAAACGGCUGGCUCAGGAGCUAAUGGAGCUGAUGGGGGCAAGCUUAGGGAUAGAGGACGAGAAAUAUUACAGGAGGUUCGUGGCAGAUAGUACGGGCAUAUUCAGAGUCAACUACUACCCGCCGUGCAAGCAGCCUGACCGUACGCUCGGCACUGGUCCCCACACCGACCCAGCCGCUCUCAUCCUCCUCCUCCAAGACGGUGUCAGCGGUUUGGAGUACUUUACUCGUGGCCAGUGGCGAACCCUUCGCCCUUAUCCCGGUGCCUACGUCAUCAACGUGGGCGAUGUCUUCAUGGCCCUAUCGAAUGGGAAGUACAAGAGCUGUUUGCACAGGGCAGUGUUGAACAAAGACAAAGUGCGAAAGUCAUUGGUAUUCUCAUGUUGUCCGAAAGACGACAAGCUUAUCGUACCACCUCCCGAUCUCAAGUUUGAUGAGGAAACUUCUAGAAAGUACCCCGACUUCACUUGGUCCGACUACCAAAAAUUCCUCGUGAGCAGAAAUCGGUCCGAGGGCACUUCCCUCGACAGCUUCGCCGCUCAGGUCUCUGCUUCUCGCGACGGCAAAUGAAUCGACGACUUGACGUCGGUUCAUAUAAAUAUUUCUGUCGAGAUAUAUAUAAUCUCUGGAAAAUUAAAGUUAUGUUGUUUGUUUAAAUGGUUUUGGCUUCUCGGGUUCUAUAUGACCAAAUGUAGAAACCUGAGAAGAAUUAUGUGUUGGAUGUUUUAUGUUUUAUAAUAAAGUUGUUGUGUUAUAUUA